AUGGGAGUUGAAAAAGAAGGGACUAAAGGUGGAGGUAGUUUUUUCCACUUAUUUGAUUGGACCUCGAAAUCGCGUAAGAAGUUAUUUGCAUCCAAGUCAGAUUUACCAGAGUGUUUGAAACAGGAAAGAAAAUCCAAUCACAAUGGGGCAAUGGGACAUCCCUAUCUGGUGGAUGAAGAUGAAAAUGGUGUAGGGGAAUUUGUUAGAGGAAGUUGUGAUCAUAGUUAUGCUUCAUCUGUUACAAGUGAUGAAACAUCUGGAACAAGAGCUCCUAAUGUAGUUGCGAGGCUUAUGGGAUUAGAUUCUUUGCCUUCUUCCGGUUUCUCUGAUCCCUACGCUUCUCCAUAUUUUGAUACCAGAUCCCUUCAAGACGAGGCUCAGUACCUUAGGAAAAAUCAUGAGGAACUGAGAAACUCGAAGGGAUCUGGUAUAAUGGAGGCUCAACCUCAGAAGACGAUUAUUAGGCCAAUUGAGAAGUUUCAGAAAGAAGUGUUACCUCCAAAAUCAGCCAAGUCAAUUCCCGUUACACACCAUAAACUUUUGUCCCCUAUAAAGAAUCCUGGCUUUGUUCCGUCCAACAAUGCUGCUUAUAUAAUGGAGGCUGCUGCGAGAAUUAUGGAACCUGGAUCCUCCCAAGCGAAGGCUAAAGCACAUAUGGCAUCAUCAACAGUCUCACUGAGGGUUAAAGAUCUUAGAGAUAAGUUAGAUUCUUCACAAAAAGGACCUUUAAUUGGGACAUCUUCUGUAGCUUUUAAGACUCGAGAACUGAAAGAAAGAAGAGACAUUUCUCAAAGAACAACAAGCAGAGUUUCAGAACCUUCUCAAAGGUCAUCAUCAUCAGUCGAGUUGAAUGCUGCAAAGUAUUUAAAGGGACAGUCUUUGAACAGAAGCUGGAAUGGAACCGCGGAAACAUCCAUCAAGUCUCCUACACAUGCAGAAGAAGAUUCUUCUUUGAAGAAUAAGGAGAAAUCUGCUUCUUUGAACAGAAGCUGGAAUGGAACUACGGAAACAUCCGUCAAGUCUCCUACACAUGCAGAAGAAGAUUCUUCUUUGAAGAAUAAGGAGAAAUCUGCUUCUUUGAACAGAAGCUGGGAUAGAACUGCAGAAACAUCCGUCAAGUCUCCUCCACAUGCAGAAGAAGAUUCUUCUUUGAAGAAUAAGGGGAAAUCUGUUUCGCUUGCAAUCCAAGCAAAAGUGAAUGUUCAAAGAAGGGAAGGUUUGAGUUCUACCGGUGGCAGAAGUUUGAUGAACCAAAAAGAGCAUGUCGACACAAAAUCAAAUCACCCACCUAAGACAAAUGCUCAGAAAAAUCUGCAUAGGAAAUCUUCUGGCCUGAAUUCUUCUAAUGUUCUCAGGCAGAAUAAUCUGAAACAGAACCAUUCAAUGGAUACGAAUGACAAGUCAUUACCAUCUAAGCCAUUGGUUUCCAAUUCACAAGGUAGGAAAGUUAUGACUGGAGAUUCCUCUUACGGACGGCAUAGAAGCUCAAGUGGUAAAUACACCGCGAAAUCUAAAACCGGAUUGAAAAAGUCAGCCGUGGAGGUGACAGAUAGCGAAAACGAAAUUCUAUACACCCGCACAAAUAAUUUUCCUAGAAAGAAAAGGACCACAGACAAGGACUGGAAUGACAGAGUUGUUGAUAAUUUAUUCAUCGACAAAACUCCAAAGCCUGUUAAGCCUGAGGAAGUGAAAAAGAAAGACAUGGAUGUAAUUUCCUUCACAUUUACCACACCAUUAACAAGGAGCAGCAAUCCAGGUUUCGAGACACCUCGGCAAGGUGGGAAGAAUACUAAUGAUCUUUCAUUGGAUCAACGCAUUAAAAGAGUGUUGCUCGACGCAGACAGUUCGAGGUCUCCAAUAGGAUAUAAUGUAAUUGGUGGUGAUGCCUUAGGUAUACUUUUAGAACAGAAACUGAGGGAAUUGACAAGUGGAGUUGAAAACUCAUCUUCCAGUGAUGUUUCUAAAGUGAGGCAACUUUCCAAUUCUGCACCAAUGUCAAUUGAUCAAGUAACCAACUUUAAUAUAGUAAACCUCAAUCCAAGACUGCAGCUGAAGAAAGACCAAGAUAUGUCGUUUUCGGACAGUCUAAGCAGUAGCCGCAAUCAUCCAGAAUCAUCAUUGAAACAACAUAAAUCAUGGGGUGAUGAGAUGGAACCACUGUCGUCCAAUUGCCGACAACCAAGUCCUGUUUCUGUUCUUGAACCGUCUUUCUCAAUCGAAAGUUGUGAAUCCUCGAUGAGUAUGGACGUUACUAGUACUGAAGGAAGCAAGAUGUUUUCAUCUAUUCAAGCUCAAGAGAUCCAUGGCUUCAAUUUUUCGAGGAAAUUCUAUCCUACCGAAUCUGAUGCAGAGUUAUCUGAUUCAGCUUCUUCAACCUCAACCAGGACUAUGAUUAAGAAGCACGCAAAUACAUUUUCUAUGAAGUUUGGAAGAUUAUCAAGUACAUGGGAGCUAGAAUAUGUGAAAGAGAUACUAUGUAAUGUUGAGUUGAUGUAUAUAGAUUUUUCCCUCGGCCGAGCACGCGAGGUUGUGAACUCUCACCUCUUCAAUCAGUUGGAAAGCAGAAGGGGAGGUUACAAGUGUGACGAUGAGUCGAGGAUGGAAAGGAAAGUUAUAUUUGACUGUGUGAGUGAAUGUUUGGAUUUGAGAUGCAGGAGUUAUGUAGGAGGAGGGUACAAAAUGUGGACUAAAGGGUUUGAAAUGGUGAGAAGAAAAGAUUGGUUGGCAAAAGAUGUGUACAAGGAAAUUUUGGGGUUGAGAGGGAUGAGAGAUUUAAUGGUGGAAGAACUUGUGGACAAGGAUAUGAGUAACAAAUAUGGAAAGUGGUUGGAAUUGGAUUAUGAGGUUGAUGCUUUUGAAUUUGGUGAAGAAGUUGUGGAUCAAAUUUUUGAUUCUUUGGUUGAGGAUGUUGUCUAUGAAAUGUUGCAAGUUUAA